AUGCUCAGAAACCUCCGCCCUCUCCUCCGCACCGUCCCCUCCUCAUCACGCGCCCCCGCCACCCUCCCCUUCAGGCAACUCUCAACAAGCGGCCCCAACUAUGCCACUUCCCCCGAGGGAGCUUCCCCCGUGAAGGCUCACUCUGUUGAGGAGCUUCACGCGAUGACUGCCGAUGAGAUUUUGAACCAGCGAGGUGGAAAGAAGGCUGAGGCUGAGAUGAGGCAUUUCACGGUCAACUUCGGUCCCCAACAUCCUGCUGCCCACGGUGUGCUCCGACUUAUCCUCGAGCUGAACGGUGAAGAAAUCUUGCGUGCCGACCCACACGUCGGGUUACUCCAUCGAGGUACCGAAAAACUAAUCGAAUACAAAAACUAUACCCAGGCUUUGCCCUACUUUGACCGAUUGGACUACGUCUCUAUGAUGACCAACGAACUGAGUUACUCGCUUGCCGUGGAGAAGCUGCUGAACAUUGAGGUGCCCGAGCGAGCCAAGUGGAUCAGGACAUUGUUUGGAGAGUUGACCCGUAUCCUCAACCACUUGAUGGCUGUUCUCACCCACGCGAUGGAUGUCGGUGCCCUUACCCCCUUCUUGUGGGGUUUCGAGGAGCGUGAGAAGCUCAUGGAGUUCUACGAGCGAGUCUCUGGUGCCCGUCUUCACGCCGCCUACUUCCGACCUGGUGGUGUCGCCUUCGACCUUCCCCACGGAAUGCUUGACGACAUCUUCAAGUGGGCUACCCAAUUCUCAUCCCGAGUAGACGAAAUCGAGGAAGUUGUGACUGGUAACCGAAUCUGGAAGGGACGAACGAUCGGUAUUGGACCUGUGACGGCGCAGCAGGCUUUGGACUACAGCUUCACUGGUGUCAUGCUGAGAGGAAGUGGUAUCCCGUGGGAUAUCCGAAAGGUGGCGCCGUAUGAUGCGUACGACAGGGUGGAGUUUGAUGUGCCCGUUGGAAAGAACGGUGACUGCUACGACCGAUACCUGUGUCGUGUGCAAGAGUUCCGAGAAUCCCUCCGAAUCGUCGGCCAAUGUCUCAACAAGAUCCCCGAUGGUGCCUACAAGGUCGACGACCACAAGAUCGUCCCUCCCCCUAGAGCAUCCAUGAAGGAGUCUAUGGAGAGUCUUAUCCACCACUUCAAGGUCUUCUCUGAAGGCUACUCUGUACCCCCUGGAGAGACCUACACCGCCAUUGAAGCCCCCAAGGGCGAGAUGGGUGUCUAUCUUGUUUCAGAUGGUUCCAACCGACCUUAUAGGUGCAAGAUCCGUGCGCCUGGGUUUGCCCACUUGGCGGGAGCGGACUUUAUGAUGAGGCACCACUUCUUGCCGGAUGCGGUCGCCAUCAUUGGUACUAUGGACUUGGUGUUCGGUGAGGUUGACCGAUAG